AUGGGAGCAUUAUGCGAUAAAAACAAUCCACACCAACGAAACCCAGCGUACAAAGAUCCAAAUGCUCAAAUCGAGGAGGGGUCGGUACUAUACGAGGAAGAGGACUAUGAAAACUUUAUCGGUGUUAAGAAGACAGAGCACAAACAGAUUCAUGCGACUCUGAGCGAGGACGCCACAACUCAAGGGAAGGUUUGGUUCAUCGAGAUUCCAGCACACGUUGGGCACAGGCCGGAUGGCAUAUGCGAGCCGGUUGGUGAAAGCAUAGGCUUCGUGUACAACGUCCAAGAAAACACCAAAUUGCGUCAGAUGCUCAUUAAAAAUCGGGCCGAGCUAGGUAUCACUAUCAGAAAGCUCAAAUCACCUGCAGAUCAUGAUUUUUACGUACGCAAGAAGAUCUUUGAUGCCAAUAAUCAUAUCACAUUUGUUCUCGAGACCAAGACUUCUAGUCACAAGACUCCUGAUAAGAUGUUCUGUACGCGAGAAGUAUACAAUCGGAUUGUGGCUUGGAAGACAGAGAACAGGAUUUUACCUACAGGUGGCGCGCAUGUUUGCAACUAUAAAAGACUUGAAAUCAGCAUCAGGUAG